CUCGUAUCAUAUGCAAACCAGAGUCCACCCGCUUCGUAUGUUACGCAAAAAAACCCCAAACCCCUUUUCCUUUCUCAGCCUCCACACUCUUCAUAUCUGCAGAGUGCAAUCCUACUUCUCAUUUUUCUGCGAUCAGGCAAAGAGAACGCAAAUCAGAUUUUCAUCAGCCGCAUUAGGAGGAGAAACUACUGUAAGUUCCACCGCAGCCACCAGCAUGACAAACACAAAUCCUGAGGUUCCUCUUUCUGAGGAGGAACUUGAGAGGAAGAAGAAGAAAGAAGAGAAGGCAAAAGAGAAAGAGAUGAAAAGGUUGAAGGCUGCACAAAAAGCUGAAGCAGCCAAACUUAAGGCACAACAAGGACCUUCUAUCUCAAAAGCCAGUAAGAAGAAAACAGUAAGGGCAGAUGCAAGUGAAGAAAAUCCAGAAGACUAUAUAGAUCCAGAAACAGCUUCUGGUGAUAAGAAAAAACUUUCUCAACAAAUGGCAAAGCAGUUCUCUCCUGUUGCAGUGGAGAAAUCAUGGUAUGCAUGGUGGGAGCAAUCAGGUUUCUUUGAGGCAAAUUCCAGCAGCUCUAAACCUCCUUUCACUAUCGUUCUUCCACCUCCUAAUGUGACUGGAGCUCUACACAUUGGUCAUGCUUUAACUGCUGCUAUCCAGGAUACAAUUAUUCGUUGGAGGAGAAUGUCGGGAUACAAUACCUUAUGGGUGCCUGGAAUGGAUCAUGCAGGAAUAGCAACUCAGGUGGUGGUGGAGAAAAAAAUCAUGAGAGAGAGAAAAAUGACACGUCAUGAUGUGGGUCGAGAAAAGUUUGUAGAGGAAGUAUGGAAAUGGAAAGAGGAAUAUGGUGGAACUAUAUUGAAACAACUCAGGCGUUUGGGUGCAUCUCUAGAUUGGUCACGUGAGUGCUUUACCAUGGAUGAGAAAAGGUCAAAUGCUGUAACAGAAGCUUUUGUCAGGCUUUACAAGGAGGGUCUUAUUUAUAGAGACCUAAGGCUAGUCAACUGGGAUUGUGUCUUGAGAACAGCAAUAUCUGAUAUUGAGGUGGACUAUGUUGAUAUUAAAGAGAAGACACCUCUAAAGGUCCCAGGGUAUAAAAACAUGGUUGAAUUCGGUGUUUUAACCUCUUUUGCCUACCCUUUAGAAGAAAAUCUUGGAGAAAUUGUGGUGGCUACAACUAGAGUUGAAACAAUGCUUGGAGAUACUGCUAUUGCUGUUCAUCCAGAAGAUCCAAGAUACACUCAUCUUCAUGGGAAAUUUGCAUGUCAUCCAUUUAAUGGAAGAAAACUUCCUAUAAUCUGUGAUUCUAUCCUUGUUGACCCUAAAUUUGGAACUGGUGCAGUCAAGAUAACUCCAGCACAUGAUCCGAAUGAUUUUGAAGUUGGAAAGCGUCAUAAACUGGAGUUCAUCAACAUUUUUACUGAUGAUGGGAAGAUAAAUAGUAAUGGAGGUUUAGGGUUUGUAGGGUUGCCACGUUUUGAAGCUCGUGUGGCUGUAACUGAGGCUUUGAAGUCUAAGGGACUUUAUAAAGGGGAAGAAAAGAAUGAGAUGCGUUUAGGUGUUUGUUCUAGAAGCAAUGAUGUGGUUGAACCUAUGAUUAAGCCUCAGUGGUAUGUUAACUGCAAUGGUAUUGCAAAAGAAGCUCUUGAUGCUGUUAUGGAUGAAAAUAACAAGAAAAUUGAUAUCAUUCCAAAACAAUAUGCUGCUGAAUGGAAAAGGUGGCUUGAGAACAUUCGUGAUUGGUGUAUAUCAAGGCAGCUAUGGUGGGGCCACAGGGUUCCUGCAUGGUAUGUGACAUUGGAGGAUGAUAAACUGAAGGAACUUGGAGCAUACAAGGAUCAUUGGGUGGUUGCUAGGGAUGAGAAAGAGGCUGAAGGGGAGGCUAAAAGAGGUGGCCUGAUAAUACUCAAGAUUUCAAGACUUUUUAUCCAACUGCUGUUCUUGAAACUGGACAUGACAUUUUAA